AUAUGUCCAAUCGCUUAUAACCAGCAACUCAAUCAACAUAUUCACACACACAUUUACACAAAACUUAACAGAGUCGACUUUUAAAAGUUAAAAGAGGUGAAGGCUGCAAGAUAAAAUAAUAAUACUGGAAUAAUUAAGACAAGAUUUUAUAAAGUUUUACUGUGCGUUGCAUAAUUGCAGCUAAAGAAUUCCAUAUUCUUCGUUUAUUCAAUCAAGACACCAAAUAGAAAGCAGCGAAACAGUUGAAGUAGACCAAAAAUUUGAAUAACUUAAUCAGGUUUUGAAGAUUCUACCACAGUCUAUCGAUGACAAACGAAACUACCAAAUGCGAGCCUCAACAGGAAGAGUCUGAACAUGAAGACUCCUUACCAGCUCCACCAGAUGGUGGAUAUGGGUGGGUGAUAGUAUUCGCUUCCUUCAUAUGCAACAUGAUGGUAGAUGGCGUUACCUACUGCUUUGGGAUUUUCCUUCCCGAUCUGGUUACACAUUACGGUUCCACAGAAGCAAAAGUGGCAUGGGUAGGAUCGAUUUUAGCCGGAACAACCAUGUGUACUGGACCCAUAGUUAGCGCUGUAACGAAUAAAUACGGGUGUCGAGUGUCGUGCAUGGCCGGUGCUGUAAUCGCUGCAGCGUCAUUCGCUCUCUCAGUUUUCAGUCCAUCCGUCGAAGUCUUGAUGCUCAUCUAUGGAGCGGGAGGUGGCAUAGGCUUCGGGCUAAUGUACGUACCGGCGGUAGUGUGUGUGGGUUACUACUUCGAAUCAAAAAGAUCUUUAGCGACAGGUAUGGCAGUGUGCGGGUCUGGUUUUGGAACAAUCGUAUUUGCGCCGUUUGGAAGGUUUCUUCUGGUUAAUUAUGGAUGGAAGGGAGCUAAUAUAGUGUUGGCAGUGUUAUGUCUCACUUGCACCAUUUUUGGAUUCUUAAUGAAACCUUUAGAAUAUAAGAAACCAGAAAGAACAGUUACUAUGGUGUACCAAAAUGGAACAGCAAAUAUCACCGAUGAUAUGAAAAAGAGUUACACUAGUUUGGGCGACUUAUCCGCAUCCAGACACUCACUCGCAAGUAAAAAAAGUCAAGCACUACCACCAUUAGCAAGACAAGAUGUUUUGUAUGCAGGGUCUAUAAGAAAUCUAAAGGAAUUUCAGUCUCAGAAAUCCUUACAUGAUUUUAGACAAAGUAUGCUUAGUAUUCCAAAACAUAAAUCCAGAUAUGGUGGUAAAGCCCUUUCUGGAAUCAGCAAAGUUUUUACAGAAUUGCUGGAUUUCAGUUUAAUGACCGACCGAGUAUUUAUUAUCAUAGCACUAUCUAACGUAGUAGGGUUUAUGGCUUUAUACAUCCCCUUUGACUUCUUAGUCGAGGCUGCAGUAAAAGAUGGCAUAGACAAAUCGAAAGCAUCUCUACUUAUAUCUUUCAUGGGUAUAACCAAUACAGUGGGCCGUAUAGUUUGUGGAUUUGUAGCAGAUUUUCCCAAAGUGAAUACUCUUCUCGUUAAUAAUAUUUGCAUGACAGUUAUGACCAUAGCUAUUGGUUCAGCUGGAUUUUGCCACGACUAUUUAUCUUAUUCAGCAAUGGCGCUCAUCAACGGAUGUGCUAUGGCCGGAUACAUCUCACUCACAUCAAUCCUGCUAGUCGAAUUCUUAGGAUUAGAAAAACUAACAAGUGCAUUUGGACUACUCAUCUUAUUCAGAGGAGCUGGAGCUCUGAUCGGACCACCAUUACACGGAAUCAUCAUCAACUCAUCUUCGUAUUCCUAUGGUUUUAUGGCAGCCAGUGGUUUCUUUGCCCUCUCAACCAUACUCUCUUUUGUUAUCCCAAUAAUACAAAAGAAUGCAAGCAAAGACAAAAUAAUCAUGCACGAGGAUCGGAUGCCCGUUAACAGAAAAAUCGAAGAAGGAGUAUAAAGAUAGGUUUAUUAACACGUUGACUACUCACUGCUUACGGCUUGAGCUGAAUGCUUAAGGCUUGGAGCGACGUUCUGGAAACUCGUCUAGCUUUCAUGAGUCUAUCACUUAUGCUGGAAGGCUAGAGUCAGUAUGAACAAAGCGAUAAGAGCAGGUAAGAGUACUAAAAUGGCUUGAGUAGACAAUGCCUUCAAGAAUGCGAUUCUUUGACGAACACAAGAUCCACAUUCAUUUGACGAAGAGAUUGUGUUAUACUAUGACAAUGAUAAUCGGCUAACAAUGAGUUGUACUGAAGUAAACGAAGCACCUAUUUUUAUGACGUGGUUUAAAAUUGAGAUAACUUUGUACACACUUAAUUAAACAGAAAUUAAUAUAUUUAUUGUGCAUAUUUUAACAAAAUUCAUUCAAUCCUGAGAAUAUGAUCAUAAACAGUAAUAAGAUUUGGGGAUAUAAAAACUUGAAAAAAUCUCGAGGAAUAAAGGCCAGAUUCAUGAAAAUUGGAAUGAAGAAGUUUGGAAGAGUGAUCUAAUUAAUAAAAAUAUUUUCAUCUAUUUGCUACUUCCGGUUAUGCCGGAAGUUGCUUUUAACUUUUUUAUAAAUAGUUUAUAAAUUAGUUAUAAAUAGUUUUUGUAAAUAGUACACCCUGUAAAUUUUUACAUAUUUGGAUUCUUCUCGAUGUCUUCUUUCUUAAAAUAUGAGGUUUUGUAAUGUUAUAUAGGGUAGUUUAAAAAAUAAUUACGUUUUUUUUUUAUUAAUUUCGUAGCAGUUGUCACACCUUGUAGAAUUGUAGUAGUUUAACAUUAAAAACUAUAUUUAUGAUCAAAUGCUUUUUAAUAUAGUCUACUAUUGUUAAAAGUUAUUAGUAUAGCUAAAUUUUGAAUUUUAGUAGGUAUACAGUGUUGGUCGAAACUCAGAAUGAGUAUUUUCUGAGUUUUCUUAAAUGGAACGCCCUAUAUUUUAGUAUUGUAAUGAAAUAAUGUUUCUCUACAACCGUGUUAAAAGUGCAAUUUUUAGCACUCCAUACGAGCGUCAAAAAUGCUACUUUAAGGCACUAGUGCUUUAUAGUAUAUUAUUCAACAAGCAUGUAAUGAUCGCUAUUACUCACGAUGAUGAAGUUUGCGACACGAGCCGUAGGCGAGUGUCGUAAUUCGUCAGAGUGAGUAAUAGCCAUUACAUGCGAGUAGAAUACUAUACUUUUUCUACGACCUUUUUUUAUUUUAAUUAGUAAAAAAUUUAAUUAUCAACUACGCGAGAUUUAAAUUAUAAUAAUUUACAAAAAUACCUAAAUGCUAUUUACCCCUAAUACGUGGCUGAAUAAUUAGUUGCCUACUAUUACUAAAUUCUUAUUUAUUGUAAAAAUACAACUAGAAAUAGACGAUAUUAGUUCUAUUCGUUUCCGAAAAAUUAUAAGCUUAAAUUUGUACCUACUGUCAGUGAAUCUAAUAAAUAGGAAAUGGCUGUUGUCGGUGGACGUAUUUCAUAAUAUAUAGUUAUAAUGUAUAUUUACAUUCAACUAUAUAUAAUAUAAUAAUAUAACUAUACAUAAUAUGUUAUAACAUAUUUAACACAAUAUAACUUUAAAACAAACACAACAUUAGUUAUAAAUUCCAAUUAACAUAAACAAAAUGCGCUAAUGUCACUGUCACUAAAUUAAAUGAUAAACGUCAAAAUUUUUAGUAAACAAGAUAUAAACGUAAAAAAUAUACUGACAUUGCUAUAGUUAAAAUUGCUUUAAAAUUUUUUCGAAGUUAAUUAUUGGUAUAAAUUACAAUAAUUACUGUGCUGUUUAUAUACGAUUAAUAUUAAAAGUGGCAUGCGCCACUUGAAUCUAACUUCAGCCCGUGAGUAAUGACCCGUAAGUAACUUCAGCUCGUGAGUAAUGAAUUAUUACUCACGGGUACAGUAAUGGGUGCUAUUAUCUAUGAAAAAAUAGCGAAUAAUGAGCAUGUUAUUAAACGGUCGUAGAAAAAAAUAUUUUUAAGGCACUGCAGUUGGUAUUGACCGUAUCGACAAUUUUGAUGUAGUGUCAAAAAAAUAUAAAAAUGGAAUGUCAGUCAAGUUCAAGUAAAAGUUUUUGUAGAUAUUGUCCUGUAAUUACGUUUGUAGAAAAAAUAUUGUAUGAUAUGCGUGUUAAAAAGUACAUUUUUAAGGCACUCAUGUGAAUUGCAGAACUCGCUAUCGCUCAUUCUGCAAACUUUCACAUGCGUGCCUUAAACGUGUACUUUUAACACUUAUAUCAUAAAUAACUAUUUAUAGUACUUUUUUAUUAAGCAUUUCCUAUACCUAGCUGCUUUAGUUAUUGGUGAUUCAAACCAAACAUUAAUAAUUGCAACAAAAAAUACGUGAAAUUUUAUUAGGUUGACCGUGAAAAUAUUCAAUCACAAAUAAUUUUUCGGAAAUAAAUACAUAUUAAUUUAGACUCUAGACUGAUCAUUAAAAUUACCAAUAAUGGUUGAGCUAUCAAAAUACCUACGUAGUUGAGAUUAUUGGUGCAAUUAACAAUUAAGCACAAAUUAAAGACGUUAGCUAUAGCUAUAGGGAAUGCUUAAGAAACAAAAAGUAGAUACUAUAAAAUAUCAUUUCAUUACAAUACUAAAAUACAGGGUGUUCCAUUGAAGAAAACUCAGAAAAUACUCAUUCCGAGUUUUGGCCAACCCUGUAUAUUAAAAUUAAAAAUUUGGCUAUACUAACAAUUCUUAACAAUAGUAGAUUAUAUUAAAAAUCAUUUGAACAUAAAUAGAGUCUUCUGAUGUCAAACUACUACAAUUUCACAGGGUGUGAAUAUUGCUACGAAAUUAAGAAAAAAACGUAGUUAUCUUUUAAACUACCCUGUAUAACAUUACAAAACCUCAUAUUUUAAGAAAGAAGACGUCGAGGAGAAUCCAAAAAUAUAAAAAUAUAUAGGUCGUCCCAUUAAAAAAAAACGAAGUUAUAAACAGCUUCCGGUAUAACCGGAAGUAGCAAAUAAAUGAAAAUAUUUUCAUUAAAUACAUCACUUUUCAAAACACCUUCAUUCCAAUUUUUAUGAUUCUGUUGCCUUUCGUUCUCAAGAUCUAAUAGGCCGUUUAUCUGCCUCGCCCUGUAUUGUGUCAGUACUUUUCACCAGUAUAAAGUUCUAUACAAACAGCUUUAAUUAAUGUUUUAUAUUGCUAUGUUCUCGUAUUUACCAUGGGUAUCUUAAUUCCUGUGUAAAUACAAUUCGUACCAGUGGUAUUUACAACGUACGCCUUUUAAAUAAUUCAUAAAUAAAUUAUAAGACAAGCAUAGUGGCUGUAGAAGCCUGUGUUUUAUGGAAAUUCUUACUAAAGUCGUAGCAGCACAUUUUAAAAUAAGAAUAAAAUAUAAAAUCUAUACCUAGUGAAUAAAUAUAGAUAGGUAUACAUGGAAGAGAGCAAAAAAAUAUUGAAGGAGAAGUUGAAGGGUUGGAGAGGGGACGAGUAGAAAAAUUUAAUACCUUAUUAUGGUAGGGGAGCCCAAGCGGGGAUUUUUGCAGUUACUCGAGCGCGUCAGAUUAUUACAUGGGGAGAAACCUUGUACCCUGAAAAUGUACCUCUACCAUAUAUUGGCUCUUAAUGCAGGGGAGAAAAUAUCCUUAGAAAAACUCGAAAUCGUCAGAUUAAGAUAAGGUAAGUUAAGUACAUGCAAGACAGUGUAUAUUUCAAAAAUCUGACGAUUUGAGCGGGGCGUAAGGAAAGGGGUAAGUCCCAAAAUUUCACAAGAAAAAAGCGAAUAUUUCGCGAAAUGAAUGACAGAUCGAAAAACUAAAAAAUACGUACUCAAUAUUUUUCAAAAAUCUAUCGAAUGAUACCAAAGACGACUUCCCAUGGAGAGGGGUGGGGGUUAAAUUUAAUAUUUUAAAUACGAAUAUAGUAUAAUAUAUCGAAUAUACGAAUUUCACGAAAUAAAUAUCUGAUCAAAAAACUGAGAAAUACACUUAUUCAAUAUUUUUGAAAAAUCUAUCGAAUGGCACUAAACACGACCCCCACGGAGGUGGGUUGGGGGGUUACUUUAAAAUCUUAAAUGGGAGCCCCCAUUUUUUAUUACAGAUUUGGAUUCCUUACGUAAAAAUAAGUAACUUUUAUUCGAGACAUUUUUUCGAAUUAUGGAUAGCUGGCGCUAUAAUCUAAAAAAACGACUGUUGGAAAUGGAAAAUUAAAUUAAAAAUGGACAAGUCCUCACUAAAAUGGAAAACUUUACUUAACUUUUUUUUGGUUUUAGGACCUACUCUUCACAACCCAAUAGGUCACCAAAGCGCUCGAGUGACUGCACAUCUAGCACAUUUUGCUCCCCUACCAUUGGUUCAACGGAAUAUGGUACACUAGAUUGGGAAAUUUCCCACAGGAUACAGGCUGGUUGGUUUAACUCAAAGUGAAUGAGCUGGAUCUACUAUUCCCGUAGCUCUACCACCCGGGUGGGACUGUACAACUCGCUUUCAUCUCGAACGGUCGUCCAUGAUAGUUGGGUCAGUGGGUAGCACCAUUGUUCGUAAAUUAGGAAGGUUAUUAGGGAAUCUAUAGACGGGACCAGCCAAUCUUAGACGUUAAGAGUUAAUUUCUUGGACUACGUCGCUAUUUCUAUGAUCUGCUUGACCUUGACAUUUGCUCUCAUGAGGAAAGCGCUGAAAGGAAAGUUAUACAUGUGAGGAAGCCUAUGUUAGUGUAUAGCGGUGAAGUUGCUAUAGUGAAGCGGUGUGGCCUGUAAAGAAGGUUUAAGAUGUAGGUAGCUAAAAUAUGAAUAUUAAAAAUGAUGAAAGAGUCAGGUAACUACAGGCUCAAAAACAUUUAAGAACAAAGACUGCAAUGAUUUGGUCAUGCUAGAUAUAGAAAUGAGAACUAUGUAGGACGGAGGAAAGCUCUGUUAGAAGUUGAGGGAAAGAGAGGCAGAGAAAAACCGAAGAGAUGAUGGAAGGACCCUGUUACAUAUUAUGUACAUCCAACUAAUGCGCAAUCUUCUCAUUAUAACACGAGAUCCCGAAAGCUUCUAGUUUUUUAAGCAUGGCAUCUGUUGUGGUUCAUGGGUCUGUUUGGUGGAGAAGCACGGAAAAUAGAUAAUAUAUUCUGAUCUUCAGAUCCAGAUUUAUAUCGAGGUCAACAAGAAUUUUCUUCCUGCUAGCUGGUUCUUGCUCGUGCAAUGUGGCAGUAAAUUUCUGAAGAUGGAUCUCACUCGCUACUUGUUGCAAAAUAGUAGUAGUUUUGCAGUAAGAUUUUUCCAUACCUACCUUAAAGACGAAUCACAAAAGUUUAUGUAUAUCUUAACCAAAGUCAUUUAAAAAAUCAGGCGUAUUUUGCUGCUUUUUCAACAGUAUGCUUUCUAUACAGUAGUAUAUAGGGUGAGGCAAAUAACUGGCCUAUUAGAAAUAUCUCAAGAACUAAAGGCAACAGGAUCAUGAAAAUUGGAUUGAAGCGGUUUUGAAGGAUGAUCUAUUAAAUGAAAAUAUUUUCAUCUCAACUUCCAGUUAUACCGGAAGUUGCUUAUAACUUCGUUUUUUUAAAUGGGACACCCUGUAUAUUUUUACAUUUUUGGAUUCUCCUUAAUAUCUUCUUUCUUAAAAUAUGAGGUUUUGUAAUGUUAUACAGGGUAUUUUAAAAGAUAAUUACGUUUUUUUUUUAUUAAUUUCGUAGCAACAUUCACACCCUGUAGAAUUGUAGUAGUUUGACAUAUAAAACUCUACUUACGUUCAAAUGAUUUUUAAUAUAGUCUACUAUUGUUAAUAAUCAUUAGUAUAGCUAAAUUUUUAAUUAUACAGGGUUGGUCGAAACUCGGAAUGAGUAUUUUCUGAGUUUUCUUAAAUGGAACACCCUGCAUUUUGGUAUUGUAAUGAAAUGAUAUUUUAUGGUACUUUUUUAUUUUAUAAGUAUUCCCUAUACCUAAUUGCUUUAAUUUGUGAGUUAUUGGUGAUUCAAGCUAAACAUUAAUUGCAACAAAAAAUACGUAAAAUUUUAUUAGGUUGGCCGUGAAAAAAUUCAGUCACAAAUAAUUUUUCAGAAAUAAAUGAAUAUUAAUCCAGACUGAUCCUUAAAAUUACCAAUAAUGGUUUAGCAAUCAAAAUACCUACGUAGUUAAGAUUGUUGGUGCGAUUAACAAUUAAGCACAAAUUAAAGCAGUUAGGUAUAGGGAAUGCUUAAGAGAUAAAAAAGUACCAUAAAAUAUCAUUUCAAUACAAUACUAAAAUACAGGGUGUUCCAUUUAAGAAAACUCAGAAAAUACUCAUUCCGAGUUUCGACCAACCCUGUAUACUGAAAUUAAAAAUUUAGCUAUACUAAUGAUUAUUAACAAUAGCAGACUAUAUUAAAAAUAAUUUGAACGUAAGUAGAGUUUUAGAUGUCAAACUACUACAAUUCUACAGGGUGUGAAUGUUGCUACGAAAUUAAUAAAAAAACGUAAUUAUCUUUUAAAAUACCCUGUAUAACAUUACAAAACCUCAUAUUUUAAGAAAGAAGGCAUCGAAGAGAGUCCAAAAAUCUAAAAAUAUACAGGGUGUCCCAUUAAAAAAAACGAAGUUAUAAGCAACUUCCGGUAUAACCGGAAGUAGCAAAUAGAUGAAAAUAUUUUCAUUAAAUAGAUGACUCUUCAAAACCACCCCUUAAUUCAAAUUUUCAUUAUUCUGUUGCCUUUAGUUCUCGAGAUAUUUCUAAUAGGCCCUUUAUUUGCCUCACCCUGUAUAUCUCAGGAACUAAACAUUGUGGCGUCUCCAAACAUGUAUCUUUCGAUAAUCAGCAAAGUGGGGGAAAUUUACCAGACCGGUUGUCAACGUCAGGGAUAACUUGCUAAAUCACAACGAACCAAAAAUUAAUCGUAUGUUAAAGGUAAUUUUCAAAAAUAUCAAGAAAUACCAAAAUCUCAAAAAUAUCAAGUGAUUACUAAUUAGACAAUUUAUAAUUUUCCUUAACACUUCACAAGUACUUACCGUUUAAGUGCACUUUAAUUUACUAAAUUGAUUGUACAUAUUUGACCAAAGGCCUCGUUGAAAACAACCAAAGUGUAAGUUUUUAUAGAAAUUUUAAUUAAGUACUACCUACUUACCAAAAACGUAAAUCAGGAAGGUAACCACAUUCGUAUUUGCAUAAAAGUAGGUGUGUCGUUUGUAUACAUUUUAUGUGACUGCAAUCUUUAAGAAUACUUUGUAUAACUCGAUUAAGAACAGUUAGCUUAGAACCAAUAUAGAAUUAGAUAUCUAACAGUAAAUUAUUUAUUUACGAAAGUAUUAAGAAGUCUUAUUAGUUAUUAUCAUCUAACAAAUACUACAUGCGCUGUACCUACUUAAACCAAAAAACAUUUUUCAUAUAUACUUAGUCUCUUUUGGUUUUUGUCUCUCAUUAAUUUCAUAGCUUUUUAGAAGAAGACUCUUGAUACUUUCGUACAUUUAAGAGGCAGUCAAUGUGUUAAAUUUUUAUAGUAGACUAUUGUCAUCUGAGACUUAACAAAAGAGGUCGUUUUUAAUCUUUUUGCAGUUUGGUUUUGCCCAAACUCACCAGGAUUGUUCAACAUUUUAAAAGGUUUUAUAAAAUUAAAUGGUCAGAUCAAACUAAUGUACAGCUCCCGAAGCGAACCAUGGCCGGUGAGAGAGAUCAUCUCUGCGUAAAGUUUAGGUGGAUGUACGACCGACGACAGCGUUUGUCAUCGGCUAUAGUUCGCUCCGGGAGCUGUAUUAAUAUUUCGGAGAAACAGAAAGUGUUAUCUUUUUUGGUUUUUUUAAAGAUUAUCUGAUUCCGAAAUAUUUCGUGUUUAUCCCAUUGUAAAUGUUUUAUAUCUUAUAACGUCCUAUGCUCACUUCAACUAUUAGGUACUCUUUCUUCAUAUUCAUUAUAUUUUAAUUUGUUUACAUUUAAAACACGUUGUGAUAUAUAUUUUUGCUUUCAUUUUUGUUUGGCUAUCGUUAGCAUAGGUUCAAUGUGGAAAUGUGGACUUUUUUAUUUUCGCGAUAUAAGUAUCGUACUGCUAAUUAUAUGUUCUUAGUUUGCUCAAGCCCGUUCGAGAAUUUUUCUAUUAAAGAUCCAAUCUAACCAUCAUUUAAUCGACAUUAUUGCCAAUAACCAAAAUAAAUGGCUUCGUUUUUAUUUCUGGAACAUUUCAUCCAAAAUGAGCCUUUUGCAUAAUUAUUGCUCCUUCUUCUUCUUCGUUCUUUUCAAUUGAAACGUCCGUAUCUAUUGUUAAAAAUGUAAAAAAAUUUCCAUUUUCUUUGAGUCUCAUUAUAUUUUCGUUUGUAUAAUCUACAAAAUGAAACCUUGAAAAUGAUUGAUGAAGGAAAGAAAUCUUUCCUUCAUCAAUCAGUCAAUCACGUUCUUUGCUGGAUAUAUAACUCAGUACGUUCCAGUGUUCUCUACACUGGGUCGUUUAUAGUCAGUUUCCCGCUACUCUUUUUAUCUCGUCGGCCCAUCUAGUCAGUGGUCAUACUCGGCUUCUUUUAUAGUUUCUGGGCCUCCAUUCCAUGAUUCGUUUGGUCCACCGUCCAUCAUGUUUUCUAUCUAGCUAAGUGCCCUGCCCAGUUCCACUUAAACGUCGUGAUUCUUUCGAUGAUGUCUUGAACUAUUGAUCUAUUUCUGAUUUGUUGGUUUGUUAUACUUAUUUAUGGUUUUGCAGGUUCACGUCCAGCAUUGCACGUUUCUUGGCUCGUUCCGUAACUCGUGAGUUUAUUUGCAGAUUCUUGCGUCACUGUUAAAGUCUUUUCGCUGGAGACACAUAGGAGUAGUAAGGCUUAGUAUAUUUCUAAGUAACUGUUUGAAUGUUUUCUUAGCUUACUGUUAAUUAGUCUUACCCUACUUAUUGCAUACCCACCGUACCUACUUUAUUUCUUGGUGGGACUUCCGUUAAUGUUUCAUCGGUAAUAUUAUCUGUAGAGUUUUAAAUGAAGAUAAUGUAAAUGUUAAUUUGAAGCAUAGGCGUAACCAGGGGGGUUUUGGGGUUAUAACCCCCUUUGGAUGUACUUUGAGCUCUAUACGCUUAACACCAUUACUAUUCUACAUCCCCCAGAGACCAUCAAGUAGUUGCAACCCUCCCCCCUUAGGAUCAUCCUGGUUACACCUCUGAUUUGAAGCAAUAAUUUGUAUUUAAUAGAUAUUUUUUGUCAUCCCACCGUUUAUCCAUAACACUGCUAUUGCAUUGAUAUUAUAUACUUAUUCUGUUUAUAUUGUGACAACCAAAAGGUUAGAAACGACCCCUUCCAUACAUAUUUAUAGCAAACAAAAAUUAUUAUUUAAUACUUUAUUUAUUUGUUUUAAUAACAAAUCAUUUCGAUUGUGUCAUGCAUUGCAAUUGUAGUGUCUUUGUAAUCCCAUGUCAUUUCAUGAAAUCCCAUACUGUUACAGAGGAGUUAAGUUAUUACACAGAUUAUUAAAUAUAAAGAAACAAUAAUUGUUAGUAGUUUUUUUACUAACAUAGUUUAUAGAGUCAUCAAAUUUAGAAGUAGACUUUUAUCUUGUUUUGAUAUGACAAGGAACACUACUUAUGCCUGGUUGCACCAACAGAUCUUAAGUUCCAGAUUAGCUAAGCUCUAGUUAUAAAUAGGGCCUCCUUGAGUAUCACUUACGUUGCACCAUAAUUUUAGAUUCUUACCUUAUUAAUAAUUAUAUCUAUUAUUAUAUUAUGGUAUUCUUACUGUAAUAUAUUAUAAUUAUAUUAUAUUAAUUCUUAUGAUAUUCUCGACUUAAGCUUAAGAUCUGUUGGUGCAACCGGGCAUUAAUUAUUUGACCAUAAUAUUGUAGACCGUUCAAAAAUAUUUUUACUACAUAUUACAUAAUUCAUAUUCAUACUACGUACAUAAUUCAUAUAAGGAUGUUUGGAAUUCAACAUUUCGUACCUAAUUAGCAUUGAGGAUAGUAGUUAUAAUAUUAUGAUAUGUACUAAAAACAAGCCAGUGCAGUCGUGGUCAGCUUCUUAAAAAAUAUUACUUAACAAUUAAAAAAAAAAUUUUUUUUCAUGGUCCCUCUCGUCCCUCUGUCAAAACAACCAAUUUACUGGAUUAAUAAUUUAGCUACAAUCUCAUGCACCGACUUUUUUGAAAACCGUGAAAUAAUAGAAAAUUAUGUAUCUCAAUAUUUGAAAGAAUGUGUUAAAAUUAAGCGGAAACAUUGUCUUAAUUAUUCACUUUUCCACUUUUUCCUUUUUCAAAACUGACUUUUUUUCACUAAGAUUAUGUGCGUCAUACGCACAUGGUACCACCUGUAGUGGGAAUCUUCCUGUUGAGGUGGGUACCUAAUCUAUUCAAAUAAAUCUUAAAAUUUAAGACAGUAAUCUAAAUAUUUUAAUUCUCAGAUCUUGUCUUGAUCUUACUAGAUUAUAUCGUUGUGCAGAAAUUUUUGGGUUUGUUUAAAAUCUAUAGUUUGCAGUAAUUGUUCAUUUUGUAACUCUUUGGACUCGUCAAUGCUGUCUACAAAGAUGUUAUUUAAUUUUAGUUUAGUUUAAUUUAUUCUAUUUAAUUACGUAUUAAAUUUCAAGUUUAAAGGUAUAGUUGACCCCUUUUAAACACUUUUUGCACAUCCAUGACCGAUAUUUGGUAUUAAUGAAACCAUUGUCAUUGAUGCCUACAGAAAUUAUCAUUCUUGACUUAGUUUCAAGUUUGCUACUGAAUAAUUAAUGAAAGAAACAACAACAUUCUUAAAACAAGCUCUACAAAAUUCUUACGUCUUUGAAUAGGUUUGGAAUGUCUAUGGCUUUGUGGAGAUUAUUUUUUAUGUAUUUUAAGUUUCAGACUACAUAAUAGAGUAUUAGAUAAUGGCACUUAAUGAUCAAAAUAACAGAAUUGUAUUCAAGCUUAAAUUAAUAUUAAUGGUUAAUAACACAACAUUUGACAAUACCAAAAUUAUUCCACAAAACUGAUUUUAGGAGGUAAGCUACCUGAUUUUAGGGGUAGCUAGAAGAGCUUUUCUCCCUAUUAAUAACUUAUUUAAUUUAUUACUUGGCUUUGGACUUGUGUCCUAAAAAAUGGGUAUUACUGCAGCAAGUAACCGACCUAAGUCGGUGUUCCGCUGUCCGGACUGUGUGUGCUUGGUCACUCAGCCGCUGAAUUGGCAAAAUAAUUUUGUUCUCCUCAACGGCUGAGUGCCCAAAAGGUGUGGCCAUCAAGCCCGUCUGUUGCUACGUAUUUUUGAUUCUCAAAACCAGGAGGAACAAAUAUAUGUUCACUCAUUCAUUGACAUUGACAUUUAAAUCUAUAAUAUAGUUGUAAAACUAAACAGCUCUGCCAAAAUGAGUUCAAAGGUGACGAUUACUAAUAUAUUGCAAUCUAAUAAAGCCUUGUCGAAGCAUAUCUGUACAUAUCAUUUGCUUAUUUUAUAUCUUAAAUUUUCCAGUCUUUACAUGUAAUAAUAAAGGAUUAUAUAAAUUUUACAUUAUUUUGUAGAUCUUUAUUAUAUUUUUUAAUAUUAGGAUUUCGUAAUUUUAUUAAUAAGUUCUUGGAAAUAGGUAUGACAUGUUGGAUUAUAUUUACCAAAUAAUUCCUACUUUGGAGAUAUAGACUUAACUCUUUUGGUCUUUUAUAUUCGCAACAUUAGUUUUUAAAUUGUAAUAACAACGUUUUGGUCAGUUUAUGUUGAUUAUCAAAUCUGGUCCAAUAUUGCCCAUUUUAUGAAAGGUAUUCCCCUUAUACAGGUAAAGAAUAAGAAGCGAAGACAUCAAAUCUAUGUAGUUCGAAGACUACAUAUGUAGUUAUAUUGUGGAGACAACCACGUCGUUGUUGGUAAGAAGAAAUGAAAAGAAUGGAUAGAAAUUGAUUAUUACGAGUAAAUCUUGUAGACAAACCGAACAGCUGUCGACCAUCAGGAAGACGUCUCAAAAGAUAAAGAGGUAGCUGAUAAUUUACAUCGCACAAAAGCAUGUUCUGAAAAAUGAACAGACUAUAGGCCUGAAUGAAUAAAAGAACAUUACGUAAUACGUAGUUCUUAAAUUUUGAUGAAAUUUGUAUUAAGUCGUUAUAAAUAAAAAGAAUAUAAUUUAAUUUUCUAUGUAAUAUAUUAGCAUUGUUUUGGUCAGAAGACCAUAUAUCAGUUUAUUAUAUUAAUGCCUGGUUGCACCAAUAAAUCAUAAGCUCCAGCUUAGCCCAGAUCAGCUCAUAGAUCCACAGUUUUAGAUUUUUAUUUAAGCACGUCUUAACUGAGACGAAGUUUAAGAUGCAAUCCAUUGUGGUAUGUUAAAAAUUGAUCUAAGGCUCAAUGUUUAGCAAGCUAUGCUUAAGGCACGUCUUAAGUUUAAGAUCUGUUGGUGUAACCAGACAUAAAUGUUAUAUGGACUGUUGAUCAGUUCCUCUCUUUACAGCCUUUUGUUUUUAUGCGAUUAUUAAAGUAAAGAACCUUCUAGUAAUUUUGAACUAUCAAAAACGGUUUUCAAUAAUAAUUCUUGUUUCUAUACUUCUAUCUUAUUGGAAUGAUUUCUAUUAAAAGAAAGAAAUUGGUAGUUUAAACUCUUUUUAUAUUCUUUUUAUCCCCCUGUGGAGUCUAUUUAUUUUCUUUCUCUAAUCCUCGAAAGAUCUAUAGGUACUUACUCUAAAAUAUUGUAGCUAUAUUUUCAAAAUGUUCAAAAUGAUUUGAUUAUGAUUGUAUAUGUUUGUAAAAAAUAUCUAUAAAUUGUAUACCUACCAUUGCGUAUUUUGCGAAAUAUUUUUUUCUUUAAAAUACAAAGUAAUAUCUUUUUGAAGUAUUGUACCAAUAAUUUCUUAUUUAUAAUUUUAUGGAUUCGCUUAUAUCUCCACCCACUAUUUUUUCCUCUAAUUGAUAAUUGCAAUAGAUUUUUCACUAUAUCACAAUCACAAUAAAGAUGCACUAGAAAUAAAUAAACCAAGACAUGUUAAACGUUACGAGGAGCACUCCCAAAUUAUCAUCUACAUUGUAUAUACAUUGUAAAUCUCAAAUCAUGAUUUACAAAGUUUAUACAUUGUAAAUCAUCAUUCUGGAGUGCUCCUCGUAAUAUUCAACGUGUCUUAUUGGUUUGUUUAUUUCUAGUUCAUCUUUAUUGUGAUUUUAGUAUAGUUCCAAAUUUUAUAUUUAAAUCCACGAGGAAAAUAAACUUCCUGUAGCUGGCUGUAUACUAUAAAUCACAAAAAUACUAGAUUUGUUGUAAAAGGUAUAUUUUAAAAUACCCUAAAUAAGGGUCACAUUAAGACAAAACGUUUUUGGAUUAAGAAAUUCAUCAUCAGUGUUCUAAAAGCCAAAAAAUAGCAAAAAAUAACUCUUCAGUUGGCCAUUGAAAUCCAAUAUGUGAGGUUUUAUUUCUCAAAGAAAAAAUCCAACCACGUGGGAAGAGUCCUGUGUUGCCCUGGGUAACAUCCAGGCAUAUCUGGAACAUCAUUUAACCAUUAUAUAAAUAUGUAACGUAACAUAACCGUUCACAUUUAAAGGGUUUUUACCCAACACAUUUUGGUGGCUCAGGCAUGCUACUUUUUGGCUUUUAGAACGCUGAUGAUGGAUUUCUUAAUCCGAAAACGUUUUGUCUUAAUGUGACUCUUAUUUAGGGUAUUUUAAAAUAUACCUUUAACAACAAAUCUAGUAUUUUUUAUAUUUAAAUAUUUGCCUCGAAUAUAAUGUUAAUUUUUUAUUUAACAUCAUUAUUAGGUCUUAAGAUCUAAUGUCCACAUCAACUCUAGGUAUAUAUAAUUCAUUACUUUUUUAAUUUCUAAAGACUGAUGUAAAAACUAUUAAAAUAGUUUAUACUGAACCAUUGCUGAUCUAAAAUUCCUUAUGAAAACUUUAUGCUCAAACAAAGACAAUAUUUAAUACGACUAAAAGAGUUCAAUGCACACUAUUGUAGUUUCACUAACUUAUAUAUUUCUCUUCUACGAAGGGGCUAAAUUUUCAUAUUUUUGUAAUUUUUAAUAUAAUUAUUUAAAAGACCUACUUAAUAUUAUACACCUAUAUUUACUCACAACGUAUGUACAAAUUGUGUAAAUUGCAAAAUGGCAUCUCUAUUUUAUUCAGUGUAUUUAUAAUUUUCGUAGUUUGAUUUAUUUCAAGUUAACAUUAUGCAAACAGAGACAACCGUCUUAUAUACAACUUUGUAACUGAAAAUUAUAUAACAUUUAAACAAUAUUACAGAACACUCAUAGUGAUUAUUCAUGUGCAAAAACUUUCAAAGAGCAGUAUUAGAAUAAUAAGAAAUAAUAGAAUAAUAAAAAAUCUUAAAAUGGUGAGUUAACAAUUUAAUCUUAAGAAUAUCUUAAACAAUCCAAUACUCUUCAGAUUUCAAUACUACUUUAUUAAGUAACUAUAUUAAUUGGAACAAAUGUACAUGAGCCAAAAAAUUAACAUUUGCUGUACCAACAAAAUAGGAGUAUCAAGUGGUUGUCUACCUAGUGGCCUAUAAAGGUAAAUUAAUAUCUGAAUCUCACUUUUUUUAAUUUCCUUAUAAUGACGUUGAUUCUUCUUCUUAUUGUGCCGUCUUUUCGCGAAAAUUGGUGAUCACUCUUUAAACGCUUCCCAAUCUUUCGCAACGUAAAAUAUCUGUUCAACACUGAGAUCUCUGACAUUCUUCAGCUAAGAUGUCUUCUUUCUUCCCAAGCCUUUUCUUCCCUCUACUGUACUCUCCCUUGCAUGAUGACGUGUAGCAGAGAGUAUUUAUCUUUACGAAGUAUGUGGCCCAGAUACGAUGUUUUUCUUAUUUUAAUUGUGUUAAUGAGCUUUCUACCACGUCCGAUUCGUCUUAAUACUUCUUCGUUUGAGAGUUUUGUAGUCCGAGAAAAUUUUAGAAUACGCCUAUAUAGCCAUAUUUCGAAAACCUCCAAUUUUUUAAUGGAUUGGGUUUUCAGAGUCCAAUGUUCUACCCAAUAUAGAAGCUGCGACCAAACAUAACAUUCGACGAACCUCAAUCUGAUAAUUAUACGACCCUCUCUAACGGUUUACCCUCCAAUGUCAGGUGUUGUCAACAGGGGAUUUCGAGAUGACCAUGUAUUUGGUUUUAUCUAUAUUCAUUGACGUUGACUAGAAUCCCAAAAA